GUCCAAUAGAAAUCAUCUCCAAUGUAGCCUGGGCGACUCCAUGCGAAGGAUCUAGGACGAGAUCGAAAAAUCAUAAUCACCGAGAAACAGAAAGAGCGCUGUGGCUGUAUUAGCAUUUCCAGCCGAAUUGCAAACUCGAACAAGCCUAAUUAAUAUGCCGAAAUUUUUACCACACUUCGUAGCCAAAUCAAAUUCAAAUCUGUCUCUGUGCCUCAAACGCAUGACAAAGGGGAGACAAAGACAAGAAUGUGAUUUUGACCAUCUUUCAAGGAGAACUAACAGGAGCUGCAAAGCGCAAAUGGACACGCGGCCUCUCAACAGUUUAAACUUAGAAAAUUCCAUCGCGACGCCGCAAUAAUUGUUGAUCUUGCCGCACAGAGGCGCCAGCUUCAGACAGAGUCAGAAACAGAAUCAGUGCCGUUUUCUAGAUAUUCAGUUGUGGAGAUAGAAGAAAAACACAGAAAAACCUGAAAUCGUUGUCCAUCCCUAUUCGUCAUACUUUACCAGCUGCAACAAAGUUAAACAAAGACGAAGUAGCAAAAUAAUAAUUUGUCUUCCCCUGCUCAUCCAAGAAGUAUUUUCCACCAGACAACGCAGCACAAAUGUCGGGCAAGGGCGCCACUGAGGACCCGAAGGGCAUUUACGCUUCUUUGGAAAUCGAAGCCGGGUGCUGCAACGACGACCAAAUCAAAAAAGCCUAUCGGAAACUUGCUCUCAAGUGGCACCCUGACAAAAACACCGAUCGAAAAGAGGAGGUAGAUGACUUUUUUGGAUGCUUUUCUGUACAACUUGUUGUGGAAUCUCGGCGAACUGUUGAAAAAUUUGAUGUAUUUUUCUAUCACUAUUUUUAGUUAGAAGUUGCGCUUGGGCUUGCGCUUGCAAAAAGUGCCACGAUAUUUACUGCAUUUCCUCUCGCCAGCACGACUCGCACGACCACGACAUAGUAGACAUUCGUAUCUUCAUGGCCAUCUUGCACAACAACUCCAACUCGGCAUGAAAUAAUUAAUGAACAGGCCACCGCCCAGUUCCAGAAGAUCUCUAAUGCGUACCAAGUUCUCUCUGAUCCAGACAAGAAGGCCCACUACGACCAAACCGGCCGGGUACUGGGCAGUGACGAGGACGAUGAGCACGGCUUCGGGGCGGGCGGCAUGGACAUGGAUGAUAUGAUGAAUAUUUUUGCGGCGGCGUUCGGCGGUCCAGGUGGCCUCGGCGGGCUGUUCGGAGGCGGUGGGUUCAUGUUUGGCGGUGGCGGGGGCAUGCGCAUGGGCGGAGGGGGGCGCCGGGGCGGCGGCGGUGUUAACGUCAUGCACAUGGGCGGCUUUGGCGACGACGACGAUCUGGUCUUUCAGAUGGGCGGAAUGGGCGGCGCAGGAGGUAUUAGCGAUUUUUAUUAGGUCGCCAUCACUGUGGAUAAUAUAUAUAAAUUUAAAUAUUAGUUUUUGCGCUUUUUCUCCACUGCGCUGUCGUUAUCCCAGUUUUUGAGUGCUAGUGAUAGAUCAACAUGACCAUGUUGACAUACUCGUGAAUUUGUUUUUCACGAAAAGGAAAAUUACGCAAUUCUUUCGACAAAUAAAUCCAGGCAACAUGUUUGUUUUCGGUGACGAUAGCGGAGACGAGGACGGAAUGGACGCCUCAGAUUUUGAAGACAGCGACAUGGAUGAAGCCGAAAUAAUGCGACUCCUGAUGGGCGGCAACCUACCAGGUUUCGGUGGCGGCAGCGGCCGCAGAGGCAACAAAGGGCGCGGCAAGAAUGCCGGCAAAGCAGGCAAGCGGAAUGGAAGAACAACAGGCCCUGCGUCGUCCGCCGGCUUUUAUUUUCAGAACCGAAAUGCGGCCCAGAAUAACUCCAAACAAUCCGCCAGCAGCUCCGCCGCCUCUCCAACGGAGCCUGCAGUGCCCUCAGAGCAGACCACUGCAAGCAAAAAGAAGAAAAACAAGAAGAAGAAAGCAGGAGCCGGCGCUGCAGCCGCCGAUGUGGGGACAGGUGCAGGAGCUACGCCGAGCACAACAGCGGCCUCAACCACAGGCGCGAGCUCAUCGUCGUCCAGUAGCCAGGCAACUACAAAAGCAACACAAGCCGCAUCUUCUAGCAGUUCUACCGCGGCACCAGCGUCGUCAAGUGCCGACGCCCAAGCGACGGGCAAAAAAAAGAAGUCCGGAGCCGCGAAGAGAAAACGCGCACAGGACAACAAAGCCCAGGAGGAUCAAGUGGAGCAGGCGAAGCGAAAUGUGCCGUCCGCCCCGACCGCCCCGAACGGCGCCGCUAAUCGCAGCUCCGCUGUUAACUCUUUUUUUAGCUCGUUGGGCAUGAGCCGCCCAGGAGGCAUCGAUUCUGACGAGUUCGAUUCGGACGACCUCGCAGACCUGCAGGAAGCCUACGAGGACGACGACGAAAGCGACAGCAGCGGAGAGGAGUUCAGUUCAUUCGGCAAUUUUGCUCGAAUGAUGGCGGGGGACAUCGGGGGCGGUCGGGGCCCGCGCGGCGGAGGAGACCCACUCGGCAUGAUGUCCGACGACCUCCUCGAGGCCGCCUUCAUGCAGGAAGUGAUGCGCGGCGCCGGACCUGGACCCUCCGGAAAAGGCGGCGGAAAGACAGGUGGGAGAGGAAAAGCGGGCGGCCGGAGAAGAUGACUGAUGAGCAUGAGUGUGCAUGAUCAUUUUGAUUUUCCGUCGAGGAAGAAAUGCGAGGCGGGAGUUCGAGACUCCUGAUGAUAUUCGUCUCUAAGGUUGUCAUCCUCAUCUGCAGCUCCAUUUGGUAAUUGUUUCACUUGCGUCGUUGUCAUCUACGCCCCUUCAUUACAAGUCAAGUUAGCAUUUUUACCACCUACACGACUUUCAAGAACGCACCUUCGCCCUUCAGUGCGAGUGUGUUUUUGCGUGCUCCGGGCGGGCAGGAAGAUGGGACAAGCUUCAGCACGACCCUCGGACAAGCUUCCUGAGAGUUGUUCGAGGGCAGGACGAGCAGCAAGUUUCCAUUGCGACCAAUGAUUUUCAUGAGCAUACAGAAUACGUCUACAAUUCGUUGCAUCUUCCUCCCAGAAGACUUAUCAUGAAUAUAGUCAAUCGCAUCAGUGUAGUGGCUUUGGCAAAAACUCAGCGGAAGUUGUAUCUGCACCUGCACGUUGAUGAAUUUUCCAUGUGGUUCACGGAGCCACGACCAUUGAUUGGUAUUCUUGUUGAGAAGUGCAUCGCCUCCUGAGCUUGAUUUUGAUGGCGAAUUUGCUCGGAUCUCCUUUUCCGAGAGGACUAUCUUGAAAUGCAGCGACAACCCAAUACUGAUAGUGCAUCAGCUCCUUUGUUUACAGCGUCCAAGUCGAACUGCAGACGAGAUUUGAUGCUGUCCGAGCCGCGAGAGCGACAUUUUCAAAAUCCUACGUCGCAGGCAUGGAGUACGAGCAGCCGCGUCUACGCUC